CAUAAUUUUCUAUUCUCCCAAAAUUUCUAGUCACAUUGCAAGCAAAAUGAAUAGCCCUAACAUUUUCCUAGUUCUCGGUCUUACUUUUGCUGUGUUUCUUAUCAUCUCCUCCAAGAUUUCAGCUCGUCCCGUUGCUGCGACAGUUCAAACUAGCCACUGGAGUGAAAAGAUAGAUUGGCUUCACGGAAAAGAGCAGGAUGUAGAGCAAGGAAAUGCAUUCGAAAAAGGAUACGAGAAUGAGCACGGCAAGGGGAAUGAGAAGGGGUAUGGUGGUGAGCAUGGGAUUGAAAAUGGUCGGAAGGGAGACGACGACAAACACGGAAAAGAACACAAAUCCAAACACAACAAUGAUUCCGGAAAAGGAUAUGAAGGGGAGCACGGAAAAGAAAGUAAAAAAGGGUACGGAUCCAAACAUGGUAACAGCUCUGACAAAGGGCAUAAAGGUGAGCAUGAAAAAGAAAAUGAAAAAGGGUACGGAUCUGAACACGGUAAGGGCUCUAACAAAGAGCAAGAAGGUGAGCAUGUAAAAGAAUAUGGAAAAGGGUAUGUAUCUGGACACGGUAAAGGCUCCGAAAAAGGGCACAAAGGCGAGCAAGGAAAAGAGAAUGGAUCUGAAUACGGUAAGGGCUCUAGCAAAGGGCACGGAAGCGAGCACGGAAAAGAAUAUGAAAAAGGGUAUGAAUCCGAACACGGUAAGGGCUCCGACAAAGAGAACAAAGGCGAGCAUGAAGAAGAAAAUGGAAAAGGGCACAGAUCUGAACACAGUAAGGGCUCUGACAAAGGGCAAAAAGGAGGUCAUGGAAAAGAAAAUGAAAAAGGGUAUGAAUCUGAGCACGGUAAGGGCUUCGACAAAGGACACGAAGGCGAGCAUGGAAAAGGGUACGAAUCCAAAAACGGUAAGGGCUCCGAAAAAGGGCACGAACGUGAGCAUGGAAAAGGGUGCGAAUCGGAACAUGGUAAGGGCUCUAACAAAGGGCACGAAGGAGAGCAUGGAAAAGGGUGCAAAUCGGAACAAGGUAAGGGCUCUAACAAAGGGAACGAAGGCGAGCAUGAAAAAGAAUUUGGAAAAGGGUACAGAUUCGAACACAGUAAGGGCUCCGACAAAGGGCACAAAGGAGGGCAUGAAAAAGAAUAUGGAAAAGGUAAUGAAUCUGAACACAGUAAGGGCUCCGACAAAGGGAACGAAGGCGAGGAUGGAAAAGGCUGCGAAUCAGAACAUGGUAAGGGCUCUGACAAAGGGCACGAAGGCGAGCAUGGAAAAGGGUGCAAAUCGGAACAUGGUAAAGGCUCUGACAAAGGGAACGAAGGCGAGCAUGGAAAAGGGUAUGAAUCGGAACAUGAUAAGGGCUCUGACAAAGGGCACGAAGGUGAGCAUGGUAAAGGCUACAAAACUGAACAUGGUAAGGGCUCUAAUAAAGGGCAUGGAGGCGAGAAUGGAAAAGGUUACGGAUCUGAACAUGAUAAGGGCUCUGACAAAGGGUACAAAUACGAGACUGGAAAAGAAUAUGGAAAAGGGUAUGGAUCUGAACACAGUAAGGACUCCGAUAAAGGGCACGAAGGCGAGCAUGUAAAAGAAUAUGGAAAAGGGUAUGGAUUCGAACAUGGUAAGGGCUCUAAAAAAGGGUAUGAAGGAGAGCAUGGAAAAGGGUACGAGUCCGAAAAUAGUAAAGGUUACGGAGAAGGUUUAAUAGAGCACGAAAACAAAAAUGGAAAAAGGUACGGAUCUGAACACGAUAAGGGUUAUGACAAAGGGCACAAAGGUGAGCACGGAAAAGAACAAGAAAAAGGGUAUGGAUCCGAAUACAAUAAGGGUUACGGGAAGGUAUACGAGCACAAAAACUCUAAUCAAUAUGAGAAUCCAGGACAUGUAACUAUUGCUAAUGAAAACUGAAGUUGGAAAACACUAUUAACCCUUUUUUCUUAA